AUGUCCAACACAAUCGCGCUUUAUCCGCUCUCCAACUUUACUUUUAGCACGAAAGAAGCUCAGCCUGAGGAGGACCCGUCCGUGUCGGCGCGGCUACAGCGGCUACAGAACAAUUACGAAGACUUUGGCAUGAGACGUACUGUCGAGGGAAUUCUAGUCGUUCACGAUCAUGGUCACCCCCACAUCCUUAUGCUCCAGAUCGCCAACGCCUUCUUCAAGCUGCCAGGAGAGUACCUUUUGCCAGGAGAAGACGAAAUUUCCGGCCUUAAGAAACGCCUCGACGACCGGCUUGCCCCACCAGGUCCGCCUGUUGAAGGUGCAGACUGGGAAAUCGGUGACUGUCUAGCACAGUGGUGGCGUCCUAAUUUCGAGACUUUCAUGUACCCCUUCGUUCCUGCCCACAUCACCAAGCCCAAAGAAUGCAAGAAACUCUUUCUCGUCCAAAUGCCCGAGAAGAAGGUCCUUGCUGUCCCUAAAAACAUGAAACUUCUUGCCAUCCCGCUUUUUGAGCUGUACGACAACGCUGCUCGCUAUGGACCUCAGCUUUCCGCUAUUCCUCACUUGCUGUCUCGCUACAACUUCAUAUAUCAGUGA